CGACUGUCCUAUCCUGUUUCCUGUAGUUUUCCCCUCAAAAAGGUCGCUACGAACACCCCAACAUUCGAACUAACCUGCUAGUGACCCACCCCGGAGCCACCAAAAUGCCUGGCAAUCUCCUUAGCUCCCACUUUCGCACUAUGUUUGAGGACACCCUCACAUCUUCGCAGCAACAGCAAGCCAUUGACUCGUUACAAGACUACAUCCACGAGAUCCAGUAUGGUACCGACGACCAGCGGCGCGAUCUCGGCAUCAUCGACGACGAGGACGAGGACCCGGAGGUGAUUGGCAGGAAGCUUGGCAUUUGUCUAGAGAAGUGCUAUUGGCAGCUCGUUAUGUUCUUCAAGAGUUCGAAGCCAUCCUUGAUCUCCUCUGCGGAGCCAUACCUGCGCUAUCUGCUCGACUCGUCCUCGGUCAAAUCUGAUUCGACGCACGUCCUCGAAGUCACAGCAUUGCUCCACCUCGCGGCCGCGCUGGCGGCCUCCGCCCCAACACUGCAGUCGCAAACGACCUCACUCGCGCCCCUCGGCCUCCUGACCCCCAGUACCUCCUCUACGAGCUCCUUCCACCACGAAUACGCGCCACACAGCCUCCCGACUGCGAACUACGCGUCGAGCUCGACGCGCGACGACGAGGCACUCGCGCUCUUCACGCGUGCAUUUGCGCUGUACGACGCCGUUACCCGCUCGCGCGGCAAUUCGCCGUCCCCGACGGGUACACCUGCUGCCGAGCCGUCAGGAAGCGCUCUAGGUCUCUAUGUCUCCCCGAGGCCGACGCCCUUCAUCGCCCCCGCAUCGCCCAUGUUCGCGUACGGCGCCCCGCUGAGCCCGUGCGCGGCGCUCGACUCCCCACGUGCGAGCCGCCUGUCAGGCAUCUGCGGGCGCAAGGGCAGGUUGCCGGCGAAGACCGAGCUGUGGGCGCGCGCGUCGUUCGUGCGGCUCCUGCAGCGGCUCGCGUUCUGCGAGGAUGAGGUCCAAGCUGAGGUGCAUCUGCAUGAGGCAGAGCGCCAGCUGUAUAGGAUGCGGUCGUACGUGCACGAGAACCCGUAUGCGCUGCCGCACGACAAGUACGAGACCUUCCUGGCCGAGCUCGCGCGCGACUUUGGCAUCGCUCUCCCCCUGUCUGGUACCACCGCUGAAAAUUCCCUCGACGACCAGCCCAGCAUCUCGCGCAGUGUGACCCCGCUGCGCUUCUCCGACGCCAUCAAGCCCGUCCUGCGCGACAGCUACCCGUCGCUCCCACCCUCGUCCUCUUCAUCGAGCUCCUCCGGGUCCUGCUCUUCGGCAUCGUCCUCGUCCAGCGCAUCCCCGCAAACGCCGUAUGCACCGCUCUCACCUAUGAAUGCCUUCGCGCACGCCCUCCGCGAGCGCGAGGAGACGAAGCGGCCCGUGCUCAUCGUCACGGCUGCGCUGCGCAAGCUUGACGUGGCGGGUGAGGUGGAGCACCACGAGCAUGCUGAGGCCGCCGUCCGGCAAUAAGAUUCAGAGAGGGCGGGAAGGCGUUUGCCGCCGUCUCCGUCUUUUGCACAAAACCACUCUUAAAGCACUUUGAGGCUAAGGAUGGGUUUCCAUUGCGAACACACGUUGUCAUGCGUCGUGACCGAUCACCACCAUUCGCUCAUUCUAUCUCUGACGGACUCCUCAUCUCAUCUUCAUUAUUUUAUGUCUAUGUCGCCUUUGUUUGUUGUCACCUUUGCAUGUUUGUUGAAUCGGCAGCUCUACCCUUAAUGUGUGUGUUUGGUCGGUGUGUAGACGAGCACAUCUCGCGUUUUGUAAUCUUCUUCGUCGGAUGUUGACAAUCCCC